AUGCCUCAAUCAUCCCUUCUAUCCCAUACUCGCCUAACGUUACAAUUUGCCAUCGCCUUUGCCUUUGCGAAAAGCUUGGGCAAUGACCCCCGAUGGAACUACAAACUCCUGGAAGGGCCUUGGUAUGGCUUCUGGUGUGCGGUACUUGUCGACAUUUUUGCAGGGAUACCUGAGUGCAUUGUCUUUCCUCAGUAUCCUCUCCUCGUUAUUCCGGAGAUAGAUGACUGCGAGGACACAGAGGAUACCCCAGGUCUAGCUGAGGAGGGGUCCGACGAUGGUGAUGAGCAGGAGGAGGAGGGGAGCCCGGGCACUCCCCAAGACAGCGAGGCGCCACAGGCCCAUGUAGACUUGGACAGUGAUUCUGAACUCGCGUAUGGUGAGGGAGGUCUCACGCCUGAUUUGCCCGACGAGACCGCAUCCGAUCCAACCACUCCAUCACCCAGAAGUUCACCACCGCCUCUCCCCGAUAUCUCCAUCGCCAAAAGCUUCCGCAUCACCGACUUUGCAGUGUUACAUUUGACAGGGGUGGUUGGUGAUGAUCCAUUCGCACUAAGCGACGACAUCGCCUCUGUCUCAGACCUGCAGGCGCUUCCAGUGAAGAUCACCGAUGUGUUGAUCCCGCUCAUCUUGGAAAAUAAGAAGGUGCUUGCUGAUAUUCGUCAGCUGAACUUUGCGCAAGGACAGGUCUGUCAGCAAGCGAGGUUCCUGUUUCACCAAAACCAGGACCAACAGUACGUUGUCGCGUUGGUAGCUGCAGGAUCUGUUUGGAAAUGGGCGAAAAUCACAAGAGGUCAUGCGAAACCUCCUUCUUCCGCCUCUUCGAUUAUGGAUCCAUCUUACGUGGAUGAACCCCCUGCACAACGCCCAAAUUGGUCUCUUCCCUUGACAUUCGGAACGCCGGAAUCGAUGAAUGCUCUCAAGAAAAUUUAUACGUUGGUCAAAAUUUUACUGGAGAUGAAUGAGAGUUCAGUGCAUCAGGAAAAUCCACAAACCCAUGAAUACCCUGAUCAUGACGGUGAUUAUGGACAGAAUAUCGAUGAGUCAGAAGGUCAUUCAACACCUACGAGGAAUUACCUGUCCACGCGACCUCCCGUCUCUCCUGCCACCACCGAUUCUCUCAACAUCAUAUCCCUCGAGCCGCCACAGACGCCGACUCCAAGUGCACGCUCUGUUAUUAAUAAACGAUCCUGCCCGUCGUCAUCCUCUCCUAACCCUCCCACGACUCUCUCCAAGUCUCCGACCGAGUCACCUCCAAUUAGGCAACCCAAGAAACGUGUCCGACGGAUCGUAUUGAGUCCUUCACCCUUCCCGUCGUCAUCCUCUCCUAACUCUCCUGCCGAGUCACCUCCAAUUAGGCAACCCAGGAGACGUGCCCAGCGUAUGAUUUUGAGUCCUUCACCUUCAGAUUCUUCGGGCACUGAAGAUACAGAGGAUUAG